AUGUCUGCGAAUACAGUUCUUGUCAUAGACGCUUCGGCAGUUAUUAACUCGAUUAUCUCGCAGAUGGACUAUGCGAAGGGAUACAUUCCGCAGGCAGUUGCAGAUGAGCUAAAGUGCAAUGAGAGCACCCAGCUGAUCUCUCUCCACAUGUGCAAGAUAGAGGUGAGAGACCCCGUGGAGAAGUACGUAAAAAUAGCAGAAGAGAAGGCUCUGGAGAUGGGCUUUUCCGGGCUGAGCAAGCAGGAUAUACAGCUAGCAGCUCUUGCCCUGGAAAUAUCGGAGGAGAACAACUCUGUGUUUUCCGCGUGGAUCACUGAAGAGUCGAUCCAGAAGGAGGUCACGCAAGUCGUUGCUGUCUCCCUCGAUAACGCCCUGAAGUCUCUGAUGGCUCAGCUGGGCGUGGAAUUGCACGAUACUUUCGUUGAUAGAGCCAGAAAGUACAUGCUGCGCUGCUACACCUGCAAUAAAACGUACGGAAUAGACGACAGGAGCGCUGCAAAGGGACUGGACUUUUGCAGGUCUUGCGGAUACUCCACAAUAACCCGCAUAGGAUAUACGGAGGUAGACGGGAAAGUGCACCUCCACCUCAGCAAAAACUACAAAUUCACAGAGAAGAUCCUCACAACAAAGAGCGGAAAACCCAUCCGCAGCCAGGACCAGAAGGAGUACAGAUGGUACAGGAAGAGCCAAAUGCGAGAGGAAAAAAAAGAUCAGAGGGAGCUGGCAGGGCUUAUGCUGCCACAGAACUGGGACUCGCUAAAAUAA